AAUGCGAAAUUAUUAUCUGAUAUAAAAAAAGAUAGGGAUGAACUGCUUCAAAUUUAAGUGCCGGCAUGGGGCAAUUUGGUUGACCAAGUGAGAACGAAGAACAGAGGUUUCUGAUUGCCAUAACAUGGGUCUCUGUUUCUCCGGUUCAUCAUACGAUCACGGCAGCAAGGCGGAGUUAUCUCGUCCUCUUCCUUUUUCCGGUGGCCAAAUUCCGAAAUGGCCUGAAUUGAACGUAUUCAGUUUUGAGGAGCUCAAAUCUGCUACAAGUAAUUUCAGGUCCGACAGUUUGGUCGGUGAAGGUGGGUUUGGCAGAAUUUACAAGGGAUGGUUGGAUGAAAACACCCUCACCCCCGCCAAACCAGGCUCUGGAGUGGCAGUUGCCAUCAAAAUGUUAAACCCGGGAAGUCUUCAAGGGUUUCAUGAGUGGCAGUCUGAGGUAAACAUUUUAGGAAGGCUUUCUCACCCGAACUUGGUGAGGUUAUUGGGUUACUGUUGGGACGAGAAUCAGUUUCUUCUCGUGUAUGAGUUCAUGCCAAAGGGAAGCUUAGACCGUCAUCUAUACAAAAGAGAUCAUAGGACGGAACCACUUUCUUGGAACACCCGGCUUAAAAUAGCUAUCGGUGCAGCUCGGGGAUUAGUUUUCUUGCACGCUAACGAAAAUAAUGUCAUAUUCAGAGAUUUCAAGACCUCAAAUAUACUUCUAGAUGGGAAUUACAAUGCAAAGAUAUCAGAUUUUGGCUUGGCUAAAGUGUGGCCUCCUGAGAAACAAUUACAUGUAACUACCACGGUCGUCGGCACCCCUGGUUAUCUCGAUCCAGAAUAUUUCUUAACAGGCCUCGUGGAUGGGAAGAGUGAUGUGUAUGGAUUUGGUGUAGUGCUUCUUCAAAUAUUCACAGGCAUGACUGCAAUUUGGCCAACAGGGGAGAGCCUGGUACUAUGGGCCAAGCCUUAUCUCUCUUCCACAGAAAAGUUGAAAAGCAUAAUAGAUGGUGGAAUGGAGGGUCAAUAUUCAGAAAACGAAGCAUUAGAAGCAGCACAACUUAUUCUAAAAUGCAUAGACGAUGACCCUAAACAACGUCCAUCAAUGAGACAAGUACUUGAGGGAUUAGAAGUCAUUGAAACCAUCCAUGAAAAUUUUAUAUGAACGUUUUCAACACUUUUUCUCUCAAUGGAAAGUUGAUCAGCUUAUGCACAUCAUGAAUACUAAUCAUAUGAGUAUUGUUAUUUAUCAUACACUAUAAAAUUGUGAAUUUUUAUUGUUAUUCUCAAAGGAAAAA